AUGCGCCUUGCUAUUGUUACAGCCGCAACGCUUCUGGCAAACGUUGCGCAAACCUCGAGUCUCAUUCCACCCGUACUGCCCCUGAUAGUGCGGAAUCCGUACCUGAGCACAUGGCUGCAGAAUGCACGUGAAGAGCCAUGGAGCAAAUGGCCCACGUUUUGGACGGGCUCAGAGGUCGGCUUUAGUGUCCUUGCAUCUCUGCCUGAUACGAAUGAAAUAUAUCCGCUGCUCGGUCGGCCUCAGGACUCCUUGCAGCCAGAAAGCAACGAGUAUCUGACCACGGCAUCCCACAGCUAUGCGAUUGUCUAUCCCAAAUACAAAGGCGCCAAAUAUGACGCGUCCACCACGAAUCUCACCUACUCGAUUGGGGCGCCAGAGAAGCUUGCUGGCGUAAAGGAUCUCGACAUUACUCUAUCCUUCCACUCCCCAAUUACGCCAACAUCGACCCUGCGACAAGCGAUCCCCGCUGCAUAUUUGUCCAUACAUGUACAGGGAAGCUUCGACGUCAGCCUGUACGUGGAUAUGAAUGGCCAAUGGGUCAGCGGAAAGCGCGACAGCCUCAUAGAAUGGGAUAUGAACGAGCAGGCUACCGCCCAGGGCCUCAAAACCUGGAGUGUGAAGCGUCAGGUCGAGCAGAUCUUCACAGAAACGAACGAUCAGGCAGAGUGGGGCCAGCUGCACUUCACAGGCCCUGCUGAUGCUCGACACGAAUGUGGCACCUCUGCACUGCUUCGACAGAGGUUUGCGCGGACGGGCACAUUGCAGAAUGAGGUAGACACCAAGUUCCGUGCUGUCAUGGAUGAAGAACCUGUGUUUGCUUUUGCCAAAAAAUUCACUCUGGCCAACGCAACGUCUACUUCGACGGGCUCGUCCGUAGACAGUAGUGUCCUGUUCACUAUAGCGCAUACUCAGGAUCCUGUCACUCAGUACGCCUCUGCACGCGGACUCACGCUGAUGAGGCCGCUGUGGGAGUCAUGGUUCCCAACGCUCGAGAAACUCGUCCAAUUCCACUAUGGAGACUUCUCAACAUCCGUCAGCCUAGCGAGUAACUACUCGGAGCAGCUCCGCAUCGACGCAUAUCAAUCUGGAUCAACCAACUAUGUCGACAUUGUCGCCUUGUCCGCACGACAAGUCAUGGGUGCGACAAGCUUCUCCGGAACACCCGAGAAUCCACUGCUCUUCCUAAAGGAAAUAUCCUCCAAUGGCAACUGUCAGACUGUCGAUGUCAUCUUCCCAGCCUUUCCCUUCUUCUUGUACACCCAACCCAGGUGGUUGGCCUUCUUGCUAGAGCCGUUGCUUGAGCAUCAAUUGAGCGGCCAAUACCCCAACAAGUACUCUAUGCACGACCUGGGCACGCACUUUCCCAACUUGACCGGACAUGCGGAUGGAAGGGACGAAUAUAUGCCGGUUGAAGAAUGUGGCGAUAUGCUCAUCAUGGGGCUUGCCCUCGUCAACUCUUUGACUUACAACAACGACGCCGAGGCCCAGUCUGUCUGGUCAAGUGUAGGCAAUGACGCUCCUCAAAGGGCUACGGGAACGACAGAGAAGCCGUUUGCACUGACAAGUAUUGGCUCGCACAACGAUAUCGAUUAUAUCGAUGAGACGUGGGGCGGAGGGACGAAGGGUGUCGAGCAAGCCAAGGCAUGGCUGGAAGGAAGCUAUGAGCUUUGGAAACAAUGGACGGGCUACCUCGUUGAAGAUGCUCUUGAACCGCACAAUCAGCUAUGUACCGACGACUUCGCCGGCUGGCUGCCCUUGCAGACAAAUCUCGCCCUCAAGGGUAUCAUCGGCAUCAAGGCUUUCAGCGAACUAGCACUCCUCCUCGACCGGCCUGGUGAUGCGAAACACUACAAGAACAUAUCUGAAGUCUACAUCAAGAAGUGGGAAGCAUUCGGCAUGUCCCGCGAUGGGUCGCAUGCUAAGCUUGCAUAUGAUUGGUACGGAAGUUGGACGACCUUGUAUUCGCUUUACGCCGACGCAGUGUUGUGUUUCCAUCCCACCAUCACAAAUGCCUCCUCUCUUCCAAUAGCUUCGGUGUUCCCCCCGACUAGCCGCGAGGAGCAGCAAUCACUGUCUUCGCACGGUGGUCGCUCUCUGAUCACACACGACUUUAUACCUCAUUCUAUCUACAAGAAACAAUCUUCAUGGUACUCGGCCGUAAUGCAGAAGUUCGGAUUACCACUCGACAGCCGCCAUUUGUACACCAAGUCUGACUGGGAAUUUGAAGCUGCAGCCGUCGCUAGCGAGUCUACGCGAAAGGAAAUCCUGGACAGGGUGGCUAGAUGGAUCAAUGAGACAAGUACGGACAGAGCCCUCACGGAUUUGUAUGAUACAGAGCGAGAUGGCGGAUUUCCCGAAGCACAUUUUUUCGCGCGUCCUGUUGUAGGCGGCCAUUUUGCUUUUCUGACGCUCGAACGCGCUUGUGGGAAUGGGAAGACGACGAAGAAUGCGGAGGAUGUUGAGCAAAGUACGAGGCUGGAGCUAUAG